AUGAACUCUGUGCCAGAUCCACUGGUUGAUACCCUCCAAGCCUUGGGUGAGGAGCCAAGACACCCAGAACAACCCCAUGGCCCAAGUGAGACGCAUGUCAUGGGAGUGCAACAAGUCAUCAUUGCUGCCAUUCAUGCAACUGAUCUCACUCUUGGUCUCCGACACAUCCCUGCUGGCUUCCUUGUGGUAGUAAAGACCAAUGGUGCUGAAUGCCAAACAAGCAACAAACCUGUACAUGUAGAUCAGGCUGUUGUUGAAUGGAAUGAGCCCAUACUUCUCCACAUUCACAGAGCAGCUUUGCUUGCAAUCAAAACAUCUGCUCUGCCUCUGGCUGGAAACACUGAUGCAGGUGAUCUUGGGCAGGAGCAGCCUGCUGCAUUUGUGCUUCCGUUAUUGCUGAAUCAACUUGCUAAACGAGCAAAGUGGUGUUUGCAUAUGGAUGAUCUCCAUGCCUUAGAAGAAGUGAUAUCCCUUCCUUACAAUGCACUGGGAUACUACAAUGCUAUGUUACGAACUAGGAUAGUUGUAACAACAGCAGCUCAAUAA